GACUGGAAGCAUCUCCACAGUCUGCAGCGGCCACCGGGGAGUCCGGACCAGCGAGGAGAACCCACCCGACCCGACCCGAACCGACCCGUUCCGUUCCAGGACAGGACGGGACAGUAGAGGACAGGACAGUAGAGGACAGAGCCGCUGCGCGCCCGCUUCUGCUAACUUUGGAGACUUUUACGCAUUUUGGAUUUUUGGAACUCGUGGAAGUUUGAGCGUCAGAGAAAGUUGAGGAGCAGAGGAAGAGAAGUCGUGUUUGUGUGAGAGGGAGAAUGAUCCUGAGGAGCGACCAGCUGCCGCUCCAGUGAAAACAUGGAGUCCUGUACAGGAGGUGGAGGAGGAAGGUGGAGGCUCCGUCUGGUCGUCCCAGUCGUCCUGCUGUGGAUGAGUCUACACAGACACGUACUGGGAUGCAGCUCCACCAACUGUUACCUUGUGCUAACGGAGGCCCAGGGGGAAAUCACGUCGCCCUGCUACCCCCAGAAAUACCCCAAUUCACAGACCUGCAAGUGGAUCAUGCAGGCUCCCGCUGGCUUCAUCAUCCAGCUCUCCUUCCUGGACUUUGAUCUGGAGGAGGCGCAGGGCUGCAUCUACGACAAGGUGGUGGUGAACACGGGGAACACUGACGUUAAGUUCUGUGGUCUGACGGCCAACGGGCUCACGCUGAACUCUACGGGGAACGUGAUGGAGCUGUCCUUUACUUCUGACUUCAGCGUGCAGAAGAGAGGGUUCAGUGUUAGCUUCCGACACGUUGCCGUGGCGCUGAGGAACCAGAAGGUCAGAGUGAAGAACGGUAACGGCCAGAUCACCGAGGUCUCCAACUCCGUUUCCAUACCGUCGCUCAGCGAGUUCACUCUGUGCUUUGAGGUGGAGCGCAGCAGCCAGAAACAGACAGAAUGGUUAUUCACCUACUACGACAGCAACAACAGCAACAACGUGGGCCUGCGUUUAGGCUCCGAUUCGACCGGGAUGAAGAUAAUAAUUGACACCGUGCAGUGCUCCGUCAGCUCUGUCAUCAGUUCCAGUGACAUCACUUCCUCCAUGAAGCCUUUCUGCGUCCUCUGGACGUCAUCAAACGGACUAGUGUCCUUUUAUUUCAACGGGAGAUACAGGGCUCAGACCUGCUCCUCCUCUAGUGGGCACUCCGUUCCUGCUGGUGGAGUCUUCCAGUUGGGAGGUGAGGACAGCUUCGUCGGGAACAUGUACAACCUCCGGCUGUGGAAUUACGAAAUGACGCCGGAUCAGCUCGAAACCUUGACCUGUGACAAGGUGGGGAACGUCAUCGACUGGGACAACAGUCACUGGAGCAUCCCGUCCACACUGGCCCAGACCGACACCAGUCUCAGCUGCAUCUGCUACCCUCAUUGCAUUCACUUAACUACUGCUGCGCCAACUAGUGGCGUCUCCCCACCAAGCAACACACCACUCACUACCACCUGUGACCCACCUGGGACGGGCUGCCCAGCUGCUUCCACCUCAUCCACUGACUCCACUAACACCACCCAUGCUAAUACUGCCAGCACCCACGUCCUCCCUUCCAUCACCCCAUCUCCAUCUACCAUCCCUACCACUAGCAUGCCUCUAAACCCAUCCAUCAGUACCACCAUCACCAUCACCAGCAGCAGCAGCAGCAGCACAGCCAGCACCACCUCCUCUGCUAUGCCAACUGACACCCCCACCAUCGCCACCACCACUGCUGCCUCUGCUUCUCCUGCUAACGUUCCUUCAUCCGGCAGCACAGCUCAUGCCCAACAGACAACCAGCAGCUCAUCACCUGCUGCCACUAACCCUGCAGCUACUAACCCCACAGUGCAUGUUCCAGGAACAACUUCCCUGCCACCGUUCAUACCUACUAACCAAGUGUCAGCAGCUAACAUAGCUGUUCCUGCUGCUCCCCCUUGGGAGGGCGUGUUCUACCGGAUUGAUGUGGAGGUGGAGGACGCCGGCUCGACGCUGACCAUGGAGGACGUGGAGGAAGCUGUGGCUCUCUGGCUGAAUCAAACAUUUCAGGACUGGAAUCAUAACGUCUCCGUAGGCAACAUCAGCAUCCGGGCUUUGUCACCAUAUGGAGUCGACCCAACCAGAUACGCCUGCCAGGCCCUGCUGGUUCAUUACUAUGUCACCAACGAGAGCGUUGGAGAGGCGGCGGUGUCGACCCAGCUCUCCACCAAAGAAGGACACCUGAGCGCCGGCCUGAGGGUCCAGUCUGCCUCCGUCAAAGCACAGCUCAUCGAGAACUGUCCUGAGGAGAACCCUCUCCACUACCUCUGGCCCGAGAGCCGACCCUCCACCACCCAGUACCUGCCCUGCUUCCCCAACAAGGACCAGAGCGCCUCCAGGACCUGUUUGAUCAGUAAGCAGAACUAUUCCUCCUACUGGUCGGCUGCAGACUUCAGGAACUGCACGGAUAUCGACACCAUCCACGUGUCAGCAGAGAACGCUGCAGAGGUGGCCGGCCAGCUCGCCGUCAUCACCAACAACGAGCUGUCCAACGAAGAGGUGUCCAAAGUGGUGACAAAAGUGAAGCAGCUGGUGGACGUGGCCAAGAUCAACUCCAGCUUAGCCUCCACCGUGGUCACCAUCAUCUCCAACGUCAUGACCAGUUCUGAGACGGCGCUAGCUGCCAGCUCUGAGAAAGCUCUGAAGACAGUGGACGAGUUGGUCCAGAAGAUCGAGUUUGAGGGUCAGUCCAUCAGCAUCACCUCCAGACAUCUGGCUCUGGGGAUCUCAGCCCUUAACACCACCGUGUUCAACGGGACGUCCUUCAGUGCCUUCAUUUCCCCAAACACCACCGAUCCACAGAUUGAUUUCGAGUCAGAGCGAGUCAACCCUUUAGCUCAGGUCUUGCUGCCGGCCUCCCUGCUGUCUGGGGAUUCUCUGAGCGAGGACGACCGAUUGUCUCUAUCCAGGAUCAACUUCAUGUUCUUCAGCAAAACCAACCUGUUCCAGAGAGAGCAGGAUGGACGCUCUUUAAACAGUUACGUGGUGGCCAGCAGCGUGGGAAACUUGUCCAUCAGCAACCUGAAGGAUCCAGUGAAGAUCGAGAUCGCUCACCUCCCUGGACAGCCGUCUCUGAAUCCAGCUUGCAUGUUCUGGAACUUCACAAUGAACGAUGGUGCAGGAGGGUGGAGCAGCAAAGGCUGCAGAGUCUCAGAAGAAUCCACCAACAACAAAACCAUCUGCCUCUGUGACCACCUCACACACUUUGGCAUCCUCAUGGACAUAUCUGGAGUUUCACCUCACAUAGACCCAAAGAACAACAAGAUCCUGACCUUCAUCACCUACAUUGGCUGCGGCAUCUCUGCCAUCUUCUCUGCUGCCACGCUGCUCACUUACAUCGCCUUCGAAAAGUUGCGGCGCGACUACCCGUCCAAGAUCCUGAUGAACCUCAGCACGUCCCUGCUCUUCCUCAACAUGGUGUUCCUGUUGGACGGUUGGCUGGCCAGUCUGGACACCCACUGGCUCUGCUUGUCCGUGGCCAUCUUGCUGCACUACUUCCUGCUGACUUCCUUCACCUGGAUGGGUCUGGAGUCCAUCCACAUGUACAUCGCUCUGGUCAAAGUCUUCAACACUUACAUACGCAGAUACAUCCUCAAGUUCUGCAUUGUGGGAUGGGGUCUCCCUGCAGUACUGGUGGGGAUUAUUGUUGCAGUGGAUAAGAACUCGUAUGGACUGCAGGAGUAUGGCCAAGCAGAGUCAGCGGAUGGAUCUUCAGAGGUCUGCUGGAUCCAGAACCCGGUUGUCUUCUACACCACCUGCGUGGGUUACUUCUGUCUGGUGUUCCUGCUCAACGUGGCCAUGUUCAUCGUGGUGAUGAUGCAGAUCUGCGGCCGCAAUGGCAAACGCAGCAACCGCACCCUGCGAGAAGAGGUUCUACGAAACCUGCGAAGUGUCAUCAGCCUCACCUUCCUACUCGGCAUGACGUGGGGCUUCGCACUGUUUGCCUGGGGACCCGUCAGCCUGGCCUUCAUGUACCUCUUCACCAUCUUCAACUCACUACAAGGUCUCUUCAUAUUCAUCUUCCACUGCGCCCUGAAGGAAAAUGUGCAGAAGCAGUGGAGGAGAUAUCUUUGCUGUGGCCGAUUCAGGCUGUCAGACAACUCAGAUUGGAGUAAGACGGCCACAAACAACACGAAGAAGGUGAGCUCGGACAACCUGGGAAAGUCUUUGUCCUCCAGCUCCUUCGGCUCCAGCACGGCCAACUGGACCUCCCAGGCCAAAGCUACGCUCAACCCCUUCACCAAACGACACAGUAACACAGAUAAAUGUUACUCCAACCAGACCGGGCCCAAGUGCGUCUCCUCAUCCUCCUCGUCCUCGGAGGUGGAUCCCAACUCCUCUUCCUCCACGUCCUCUAUCCUCCCCGUCAGCCAGAUGAUCGACAAGGUCAAAGGUUACUGCUCCACUCGCACUGACAACUUCUACAAGAACAUCAUCCUGUCCGACAGCUUUGCCCACAGCACCAGGUUCUAGAUGGGAUACGGAUUCCCCUGCCAACUGUGUCUUCUACAAAAUCAUCAUCAUCAUCAUCAUCAUCAUCAUCAUCGUUGUCGUCGUCACAAAGCGCAGCCCUGGUACAGUCGGUACCAGCACCAGUUGUUGUCCUGGAUGUAUUCCUCCAAUAUUCCAAUGCUCAAAGGCCCUGUAUCUGUUAGACUUUGAAAAAAAAAAAAACACCACUGUUUUCAGACAUGGUUGUUUCAGCUGUAAUUUGGCCAAUUCAAAGAAAUUUAAGAUUUAGUCAAUUGCUUUGUCAAACAGACGCUAAUUGGAUCAUUUUCCUCAGUACCAGUGACCCUUUGCAUUGAAUAGAAGUCCUUUACAAAUCAGUGAAAACCUGAGAACACGCUGCAGCAGAAGCCCAGACGAGUUAAAACGCGGCUGUUUCUCUCCGGGAUGAUGAGCUCGAGAUGUUCAGAGACGCUGACGACAUUCUACUGUAUCACAUCAAAUUGCUUAAUGAGACGACCUGGCUGCAACUAAGAGGAAAUGAGAGGGGAAGCAGAGGUGUGGAGGUCAAGAAGAAGAAAGCAGGCUGUCAACGGUUUGGUGUCUUUUUUUUUUUUUUUAAUACUGUGAUGUUUGUUAAAAUUUGUGCAUGUGUGCGCCGAGCCAUAUCCCCUGUAAAUACCAACCUGUCUGUUCUGUGUGCCUUAUUGUGUAGUGUUGCUUCUGUUCAUGCCUACAUGGGGUCCAGGAAGGGUCACUGCGAGUGUGCAUGCAAACACAAAAAAUCUGGAGCUGAGUCUGAAGAAACGAGAGAAGAGGGAAUAGAGCAGUCAGGAAAACACAGGCGAGUGGAUCAGUGUGUCAGGAAGUCAUUUAUCACAUUAACAUCCACGUUUGCUUUUAAGGAAAGCAAAGAGCUUAUUUAGAAUUUAUCUUAGCAGAUUUUGAUAUGUUUUGUAGCUCCACAUUCCGUCUGCACUUUCUCCCACGAAGUGUGGCCGAGGCCGUGCUCCCUGUCAGCCAGAGUUUAGCAAUCAUUCAGGGCGUCGCUCGUGGCGACGGCUUCACCAUCUUCAAGUGUGUGUUUUUCAUUCAGAAACUGAUAAUAGGUUUGUUUUUGUGAUGGCAACAAGAUGUGCUGACGUGAGGAGGCUCUCGAUCAUUGUCUAAAGUGUGAAAGGGUCGUUUCACCCAGUCACAGCAGAAAUGUGACGCCUGACCCGGCCUUUAGCUGCUGGCUGCGCAGAAUUCCCAAAUACCUACAAAAUAAAAGAAACUCCUGAAAAAUACCCUGAUUACUCAAGAUACUCUGCAGACCUCUCAGCGUGGCCUUUCAUAGCGAGCCCUGCAGACUGUCUGCAGCAAUGACAACUUAGCUUCUGGGAGGAUUAUUAUUUCAAUUCCAGCAAGUCUCUUUAAAGUAUAUGUGCAUCACUGCACAGCUUGAUUUAGGUGAACAGACCUUUUUAAUUUAUUACCUCAAGAGCCAUUGAAAGAUUUGAUUUUAUCAUUUGUCUUAUUACAUAUAAACAUACUAAAUCUAAAUUAGUUUGACUGUUCAUGAACCCAAAAUAUCUGGUACCACUUAAAAAAAAAAAAAAAUCACAAAAGACAAGUUCUCUGAGGUGCUUUUCAUUUCUGUUUUACCUCUGCAGCACUUUAACGUCCCUCAGCUCGUUAGUGAAAAGCUUUUCUGGCGGAGCUUCACUGAACCGAUUCAUCCCCCAUCUUCGUCGUCCGUGGCCAUAAAAGAGAAUCAGUUCCACUGUUUCUGUCACUUCUGAGCGUGAUUUAGCGAAUCUUUAGUGGAACAUGAAAGCACACGUACUGUUUAUAAAAAAAUAACUUCCCGUUUUGCAGUUUGUGUCGUUGUGUUUUUUUCUGAGCAGCCAUCACUGUGCGUUAAACUGUUAUUUAUUGUAGGAGUGUGCUCAUCUCUCUCCGCCUGUUUAACCAGAAAAUCAUCUGAGAGGUGAAAUCUGUUCACUCACCAGCUCUAGACUCUAGAUCGUGGACCUCCCUCUAAUAAACUGUUGUCUCAGCAGACUUUCAUUAUCCACACGGAGCCAGUGGCCUUUAAUAAUUGGUUGGGAAGCACUCACUGUCCACCAGCUUAGCCCACAGCCCUUUUCCACCUCUGUACACAGUGACGGAAAAAAAAAGUAUAAUUUUAAAGCCCCAGAGACUGUGAAAGAAGAGACGGGCCCCUCUGGCAGCUCCGGCUCUGUCAGUCACCGCAUGGGUUCAGCAUGAGGAUGGAGUGGAUGUGUUUUGGCACCAACAUGAACCCAGCGAAGGUCACACAUAGGUUUCAGUCCCCUAAAUGACUCACUGCAGACUCUGGAUUAAAUGUUACAUGCACAUCUGAUCCAGAGAAUGCAACAAAUCAGCAACACGAUAGACCUUCAUCAACAUGAUUGUACAAACUGAUUUAUUCUGUAUAUGAAAGAGUCGUUUUUCAUUCUUACUACUCCACUUAAUACGCAGAUCAUUUCAAGCUGUAGGUUAAGAUAAGGUAGAGCCGCAUGUUAUUCUACUUUUUUUAAAAUAUAUAUAUUUAUAUAUUUCUUUCUUUUUUAUCAGCGUAUCUUAUAAAAGUCUGUUUCUCAUUAGUGUCUGACCCUCCUGGUUCCUACUGAACACAUAAAUAUUUCUCAGCAGCUCCCACAUUUACAGUCAGAACCGGUUCUUUUAAAAGUCCGUCUGUUCCUCACUGAGUUACAUUACACCUGGAGCUCCAUGUUUGAGGCUCUGCUACCGGGGUGGGAACUGAUGUCUACAGUGUAAAUACUGCAUAAAAGUAUAAAAUCUUUUUUUUUAAUUUGCUGCAUCAUAUUUCCAGAUGUAAAUGGACAAACAUCAGAGCAGUGACUGGUCGGAAGCUGAGAAGAGUUCAAUAAAUCGACCGUUUUCCAAAUAAAAAUGAACUUGUAUUUUAUUUUUCUACUGGUAGAGACACCGUCACAUAUUCGGUCUCUGGUCUGCAGAGACGUCUUAUAAUUCCUCAGCUCUCUGGUGUACUUUGCUCAGCUGACGUCCUGUGUUCCUGUGUUUGAGAGCUGAGUGUCCCGCUGAGGUCAGACCUCAGGAAAGGGCAGUUCAUUCCUUCACGGUUCCAGCAACCACCUUAACACCAGAAAACCCCCGAGCAGGCUGCAUUUAACCAGCUCAUUCAGCGGCUUCCUUCCCGUCCCUCGUGUCUCACAUCUACAGCUCCAGUUAAUUUAAAUAUCUCAGUAGGUCUGAACCACGUUUAGUUGAUGAAUAUAAAUGCAGAUGUUUUGGUGAAGACUGUAAUUGAUCUUUGCUUCUGUUGUUGCUGUUUAGUCUUUGCAUUAUUCUAAUUGUGCUGAUUGUGUUAAGGCCUUUCUCUCUCUGUGGUGUUAUCAUGGUGUGUUCUUGUCAGUGAUGUUAUUUUCAAACAACAUUAAAGGGAAUAAAGUUGUGAAAUGUGUCUUUGGAAGUUUA